AUGGAGUUGUUUAACGUCAUCAUAACCAAGGUAGACAUACCAACUUUGUCACGACUCUCCAGAGUAAAUUCGUCGGUAAAAGCUCUUGUCGACCAUAGAUUUUGGAAUACGGACAUAUUAGAUCUUGACGACCGAAGGCAGAUCGACGCAAUCACUCGGCCCCGUAUAUGCGCUGCUUUACAAAAGCAUACCGAGAGUCUCACUCUUGCUGUUUCUGACGAUCCAAUCUCUCAGAGAUUCUUCCGUAAAGUGAUCAAUGCUAUAAGGCACCGACCAAUCGUCUCUUUGCGCCUUAAGAAUGCUCACCUAAAGCCUCGGUCAUAUCAGAGGUUGAACGAUGUUCUCUCCAACCCCUCGAGCCUCUGGAUGUCUAGUCUUCAAGAUAUACAAUUGCCUCUCCAAACUGCAGAAGAUAUGGGCAAGAGCUUCUACGAGCCUCUAAACGGAACUUUCUAUAUCUCGACAAAGAGAGAGGUUCAAGAUAUCGCGACAAGAAAGCGGUCGACUCGAAAUAUCGAGAUUCGCGCAUGGGGUAGCCAACAAAUAGAGUUCCCAGCCUACCGAGUCAACGGCACUCCUUUCCAAACUUUCCAGAGCCUUAUCGGCAAUAUUGGCAAUUUGCGCCAGUGGGACACGAUCAAUCUCACAGGCAACCAGUCUCUCACUGCAUCGGUGGAUGAUAUCAUGGACGCUCUAGAUGUACAUUACCCUUCAUUGCCGAUUCGAAUCACCAAUCUGUCCCUCGCGGGUUUCAGUUUCGAGGAUUUGCCAUUGUCUGACUUUGAUCAACUGGAUGCAUCUUCGGUGAGACAUCUGAGCAUUCGCGAUUGCUCCAGUCUACCUGAUCUCUUCGAGCACUUCAUGGGAUCCGCAUCGGCCCUCCAGUUGGAGUCAUUCGAAUGCUGCAUGUGGAAUCAUCAGGAAGAUGUGGAUCACAAUAAUCCACACAAUAUACAGGCGUUCUUGCUCAGCCUCUCAGGACUUAAAUAUCUCGCUAUACACGUUCACUCUGUGUGGAGCUUGGACCUGAGGGGAAUUAUCUCUCAACACCCCGACUUGGAGCAUUUUGAGUAUUCCACCAACAACACUGCUCCCUCUUUGGAGUUCAUUGAUGCGGCCCAGAGUUUAUAUGGGCUGAAGCGAUUGGGGUUCCGAGCUUCAGCGAUUGAAGAGCUCAUGAGAUAUGGCUCACUGACUGAAGAAACCAAGAAGCAAGCCAGUACCUUGUUCUGGAGACUAGGGAAUAUGCUGAAUUUGGAAGAGCUCAUGGUUAUCUUCCGCCCAUUGGUGACAGAUGGGAGGUCCAGCUCCGACACGGGCACAUUCCCAGAAAAUCUAAAGGCUGUCGCAGAUGAGGUGUACGCCAUGCUGGGGAGUAGCGCUAUCAAGCGUAUUAAGCUAUGGAUGAGGCAUUCGAGAUAUCGCCCUAAUAGGGAGGUAGAGUCGGGCGUGCCGGCGCCUUAUGUCUUUGACUAUGAAUAG